UCAAAUCGUGAAGUGCAAGUACUGAUUUUAGGACAUGAGUUAACUACGGCAUUCAUGUCAUUCAUGUCUCAAAACCAAACAUCAUUCUCUUUUCCUGGGGUAUUCUCGACAGCUUCUGUGCCACAGGCAGAAUUCGAACACGAGGGUCCCAAAAUCGAUCACAGCUUCCAUGACAUUCCCUCAACAGAUUCAAGCUGGUCGUCAAACACACUAAAAUCAAAAUCACAAACAAAGUUAGAAGAAAUCAACCCGUCCAUGGCUUCAUUGAGUCUCACAACGACUCCUUUUGGUGUACUGUUACCAGUUUGUCUCCUGGCAGUUUUUCUUUCAUGUGUUGUUUGCGUCUACCACUGGCACAGCGUCAGAGAACGAAGAUUAGACUUAGAAGACGAACGAAAGAGAAGAAGUCGGAUCGUCUCCGAUUUUGACGCUGGCUGUGUUUUGAGAACUUUCAAGCCAGUUGAUAAGGUGAAUACCAACUUUACUCUUUAACUUUUUUUGCUUUUUUAAUACUUUUUUAAACGUUAGUACCUGAUAUACUUUUCUUGCUAAUUUAUGUAAGUCAAUCUCCUUACAGGUAAAUAAAAUAUUAAUUAAUAAUUUCGCAUCUUUUAUGUAAUUUCUUUGAUUAGUAAAUAGAGAAGGAGAGAUUUCUGUAUAGCAAGAUUCUAUUUAAAAGUAAAGCAUUAGUUCUAAAGCCAAAUAAGUUAAGGGGGUGAGUUUCUUUAUCUGAACAUCGUUAUCAUUGUCCUCCUCUUCACGUUCAGAAAGUUCGAAUGUACCCAUGGAAGUCCACAAGAAUUCAAGACUUGCCUGACAUCAAUAACAACGAUGGAUUUGAGAUUCCCUACUAUCUAGGUGCGAGCAGCAAAGCAGGCUGUUACCAUGUUCACGGUCGCCGUCGUCCAGCAGUGGGUCACAUUUCAGAGCCUUACGAGAGGCCUGCAUUGAAAAGGAACCUCAUUCAUAAUAACACUACCGUAUCCACUCGGGAGCUAUCAGGUGACGUAAAAAAUUCGUAAGAAGAUAAUUUAGUGUCAUGAACUGAGCUGUCAGAGCGAUUAGCGACGAAGGGCUAACGCUCGAAACGUUAGCCUUUAAACCAUUUAAGGUGGCCAAUUUACGUUUUCAACUCAGUUGCAUUUGAUAACACUAAAUUACCCUUUUAUACUCUCCCACCGACGCGGCACCACAGCUUUUAUAGAGACUCACCCCCUUUAAACCCGUAAGGGACCUGUUAUUAUUUAUCGCGGGGGGGAGGGGUUGGUCGGAGGAUUUUGGUCUGUGUCACGUGAGAAUUUAGCUUUUCCCAUAUAAGGUUCUCUAUGAUUCUUAUAAUCCUCCUAAUUGGCGGUUGAUUUUCAGUAAAUUUUUUAUGUUCCUCCCUCUGCGCUUUGUUGGCGACAGCUGAUCCUCCCUCUGUUUCUCCGGAAAACCAUGUUAUACCCCCCCUAAUUUUUUCAUUCAGUAGGCUUUAUUAUUUUAAGGCACGCCGCAAACCAAUAUCUGAUCUCUCUUUCGUCAGAAACUGAUUUCAGUUUAAAGCUCCCAUCAUCAUGGUCUGCAGACACUCAAACCAAUAGCUGCGUAGUGGCUUCCAUAAAGAAUGAAAAAACUGGAUUGGAUGAUGACUGUUACGUCACUGGCAUACGAGAAGAAGUUAUUCGUUUGACGCACCUUGAUCUGGACGGACAAGUAGUGGUGCAAACAGUUAAUGGUUCCUUGUUGGAAUACUGGGUGUAA